ACAGCAAAACAGAAAUACUGAAAGUUUUCUAUCUUUAUUCUAGUUUUAUUUCACUUUGUAAACUCAAACUGAACUGUUAAUAUUUAUACAAAUGAAUCAAACUUUGAUUCUGGACGCUGAAGAAAACACAAGUCACGUGACUUUCUGUGAAAAAGAAACUGAAACUAACUUUGAUAUUUUUCUUCAAGUCAGCCUCCAUUUUGAGCGCAGGGUGGAAAUAACAUGUUGACUUGUUAACAGAGGCUCACUGAAGUCCAGAAGAUGGAAGAUCAGGAUAUAAAGGAGGACAGAACAGAACCUCCAGGAUCCAUCAGUCCAUCUAUGAGGAGUGACUGGUCCAAAGAUGAACCUCUACACUUCAGUAAUAAACCUGGACCCUCAGACAGAAAGAGGAGGAAGAGGAGCAGCGUUGGUGAGGAGGAGCAGCCGUCUUGCUGUGCUUUGUGUCAGAAUGUUCUGAUAAAUCCGGUCUCUACCAGCUGUGGACACUGGUUCUGCAGACAAUGCAUUAGGUCCUACUGGGACCAGUGUGCUCCAUCUGGACCCUCUUCCUGCCCUCAGUGUGGGAAACAACCCAGAACACGAGCUAGAUUGUUAACAGCGAAUCAGAGCAGCUGUGGUCCAGAUAUUGGUCUACAGGAGGUUCUAGAGAAACAUAAGAUCAGUCUGAGAAGUAAAUGUCAAUGUGUGACUGAAGGAAAUGAUGAAACAGGAAGUAGAACUCUCCUGAACAGGAUCUACACUGAUCUCUACAUCACAGAGGGACAGAGUGAAGACGUUAACCAGCAUGUCAUGAAGCAACUGGAGAGAGUUUCCAAGAAGCGCCAUGACUCUGCAAUCAGGUGCCAUGACAUCUUUAAAUCCUUCCCUGACCAACAUGGAGCCAUCAGAGUGGUUCUGACCAAUGGCAUUGCUGGUGUUGGAAAAACCUUCUCAGUGCAGAAGUUCACUCUGGAUUGGGCCGACGGCUCGGAGAACCAAGAUGUCAGUGUGGUGGUUCUGCUUUCGUUCAGGGAGCUGAACUUGAUCAGAGGUGAGCAGCAUAGUCUUCUCUCUCUGCUCCAUGUUUUCCAUCCAACACUCCAGAAGUUCCCAGCAGAGCAGCUGGCUAAAUGCAAACUGCUCUUCAUCUUUGAUGGCCUGGAUGAAAACAGACUUUCACUGGACUUCAACAACAGUCAGCUGGUUUCUGACGUCACACAGAAGUCAUCAGUUGACGUUCUGCUGACAAACCUCAUCAAGGGGAAUCUGCUUCCCUCGGCACUCAUCUGGAUAACUACCAGACCUGCAGCAGCCAAUCAGAUCCCUCCUUCAUGUGUUUCCAGGGUAACAGAAGUACGAGGCUUCACCGACGCCCAGAAGGAGGAGUACUUCAGGAGGAGGUACAGUGAAGAAGAGCUGUUCAGCAGAAUCAUCUCCCACAUCAAGAAAUCAAAACCUCUCCACAUCAUGUGUGGAAUCCCAGUCUUCUGCUGGAUCUCUGCUACGGUUCUGGAGAACAUGUUGACCUCAGAGCAGAGAAGAGAGCUGCCCAAGACCAUGACUGAUAUGUACUCACACUUCCUGCUGCUCCAGACAAGGAGGAAGAACAACAAAUACCAUGGAGGACAUGAGACAAAUCCACAGAAACUGAUGGAGGCUGACAGGGAAGUUCUUCUGAAGCUGGGGAGGCUGGCAUUUGAACAUCUGGAGAAAGGAAACAUCAUGUUCUACCAAGAAGACCUGGAGCAGUGUGGUCUGGAUGUCACAGAGGCCUCAGUUUACUCAGGAGUUUGUACAGAGAUCUUCAAAAGAGAGAGUGUGAUCUUCCAGAAAUCAGUCUACUGCUUUGUUCAUCUGAGCAUCCAGGAGUUUCUGGCUGCCGUCUACAUGCUCCACUGCUUCACCAGCAGGAGGUCAGAGGUCAUCAAGACGUUCCUGGGAGAAAAAUACAAUGAAACAUCUCUAGAUGAGUUCAUGAAGAAAGUCAUGGAGAAAUCCCUCAGCAGUGAAAAUGGCCACCUGGACCUGUUUGUCCGCUUCCUUCAUGGUCUCACUGUGGAGUCCAACCAGAGACUCUUAGAGGAUCUGCUGGGUCAGACAGAGAACCGUCCAGAAACCAUCCAGAGAAUCAUCACCAACCUGAAGGAGAUGAACACUGAUAGAAUCUCUCCUGACAGAAGCAUCAACAUCUUCUACUGUCUGGUGGAGAUGAACGACGUCUCAUUUUAUCAGGAGAUU